AUGGGUGCUCAUUUUCUUAUAAUUUACGUACUUCUCUAUUCACAAUCAUUCUUGGCUAGCGCAUUCCCGGUUACUUUCGAACUGCAGGCAGGCCAAAAUGAAUGCCUUUAUGUCCACUCGUCUGGAGACAGCGUCAUAUCUUACUACUUUGCCGUCCAGCAAGGUUCUGACCAUAAGAUGGACUUGAAAUAUGAGAUAUACACUCCGAAUGACCUGACAAAGCCCGCCGUAACGCGUCUUAGCGAAAUGCAAGGAGAUUGGUCGUUCGUUGCCCAACAGAAAGGAGAAUACGGGUUUUGCUUUUACGCUCCAGACACAGCAAGCCGAAUUGUGGAUGUCGAGAUCGUCGCCGCGCAGAAAGAUGCCGCAUAUUUGGAAACCCACCUGCAAGAAAUGUCGGAGGGAUCGUACGACCCUACGCAGCAAAAACUUGGCAGCUCGCUUGAUAUUAUCGAGCGCCAGCUCACGGUACUCGAAGCCAACAUGUGGCGUUACAGAUCUCGGACGUCGCGCAGCCGAGCCACUGCUGUUUCCACGGGUUCGAAAGCAAAGAUUUUCGCACUAUGUGGAAUUAUGCUCAUGAUUAGCGUUGUGGUUACUCAAGCUUUGUAUCUCAAAUCACUCAUUGAGAAGAAGGGACGAAAAUCAGAGCAUGCCUGGAAGGUAAACGGCGUAAGCUGA